AUGAAGAGAUUUUUUGGAAGUCUCAAGGGCAGGGGUUCUCAAAGACGGCCCAACCAGAAUCGCGAGCAAUGGGCCUCGAGCGGUUCAUAUGCUGGGCCUAGCCAGUCCGUUUGGGAAGAUGAAGAGAGCAAUGACCUACCCCCCCCUUCUUAUGCUUCGCUCGGAUCGGCUCCCUCUUCAGCUGGCCCGUCCGACUCCAAGGCUCCAUCUAAUCCAUAUGACUCUAAAGCUCCGGCCAACCCGUUUGACUCCCCGGACGAUCUGAUUGCCGAACCUCAAGUUCCGGAGCAUUUGCAGAAAUACUCGAAUGGCGAAGAUCCGUUUGCAUUUCUGUCACAUUUCGACACCGUCUUCCUCAUCGAUGACUCCGGCUCCAUGGAAGGCAAGUCCUGGAAUGAGGCAGCCGACGUCCUCCGAGCCAUCACGCCAAUUUGCACCUUCCACGACAAGGACGGCAUCGACUUGUAUUUUUUGAACCAUAGAUCAAGCAAAAAGCAACCCGAAGGCAAAGGACAAUACGGGUACUACAAUAUCGAAACUCCCGAAGAGAUCACGGAAAUAUUCAAAACUGUUCAGCCCAACAACGGUACGCCUACCGGCGCGAGGCUGCGGACUAUCCUUCGACCUUAUGUUCUUGGCUUGCCAACUCCCAAAGAUAAAUUCAGGAAUAUCGAUGAUGUUAAGCCAAUCAACAUCAUCGUCAUCACCGACGGCGCACCUUCAGACGACCCAGACGCUGUCAUCAGAAAAUACGCAAAGGAUCUCGAUGAACUUGACGCUCCAGUGCACCAAGUCGGCAUCCAGUUCUUUCAAGUUGGGAGCUUGCCUGGCGCCGCAGAGGCGUUGCAACAUCUAGAUGACCUCUUUGGAUCCUCGAGCGAUGUCCGGGACAUGGUGGACACGGUCAGCUGGGAUGCCAACCCCAGUAGGCGAUUCCGUCCCAGGACCCUUUCUGCAGACACCAUCCUCAAGGUAGUUCUCGGAGCGGUUAUUCGCCGCUUGGAUAAGCUGCCCGCUGUGAAGAAGUCCUAA